AUUUAGUAAUGUUACUUAUUGUAUGUGUUGCCACAUAUACAUACAGAUGUAUGCGACAAAACUAUUUGUAUUGGACCAAUCAAGGCAUUCCCGGUCCCACCCCUAUACCAUUUUUUGGUAAUUUCUUGGAUGAUUAUUUUACCCAGCAUCAUUUAUUAUUAAUAAAAUGGUACAACAAUUACGGAACCAUUUAUGGCACGUAUAAUGGUAAAAUGCCCGUGCUACAUGUAGCGGACCCGGAAUUGAUCAAGGCCAUUAUGGUGAAAGAUUUCCAUUUGUUUGUGAAUCGCCAUAAACUCAUGAAAGCCGGCAAUUCUGUGACGAAACACAAUUUGAAUCAUUUGAUUGGCGAGGAGUGGAAAAGGGCGGGACAACAGGUGGAAAUACCUAUCUAUGCCAUACAUCACUCGGAACAAUAUUACCCGGAUCCUUUUAAGUUUAAGCCUGAUAGAUUCAUGCCGGAAAAUAAGCACCUGAUUAAGCCCUAUACUUACCUGCCGUUUGGUAGUAUCGUUUGGUUCGGUGCCCGGAAACAGACGUUCCCCUCCGGUAUAAGCGAUUCAUACACCAAACCGUCGCCGAAAGACUUUGCAUUGCAAUUGAGCCGAGAUUUGAAACAAAUAUUUAAAUAUUAA